AUGACAAGCUUUUGGGAUUUAUGGGCUGGUUGGCCUUUCGUAACCAAGCACAUUGGUGUUUUUGCUUUUGCCAUGACUUGUGCAGUAUCCUUUAAAUUUAUCUCACCCUAUUAUUUUGUACUGCUAUUUGAUCGGAUAUUUAGUACGGAUAUCGAAUUUUGGAGACUGAUUACAAGCGCGUUCUUCUUCGGAGGCUUCGGAAUGAAUUUCUUGUUUGCAUUCUUGAUCUUUAUACAAUACAGUGCUCAAUUAGAGAAGGAUCGAUUUGAUGGACGUGUUGCUGAUUAUAUAUUUUGCAUUAUUGUGGGAAUAUUGGCGAUGAGCGUUUUUGCAUAUUUCACGUCAGCAAUGCUUUUAUCGAGUUCUCUCAUGAUGUAUUUGGUGUAUAUUUGGUGCAAUUUUCAUCCUGACAGCAAUUUGAGAUUAAUGUUUGUACCUGUUGAAGUACCAAGCAGGUAUUUCCCAUUUGCACUUGCUGCUUUGCAUAUUGUCUUGGGAGGAGGAAUGGAGACACUGAUCGAAGAUGGUAUUGGAAUAUUGUGUGGCCACAUUUAUUACUUUUUAGAUGAGAAGUAUCCACAAGAAUAUGGAUCAAGGCUGUUGACGACUCCUUCGCUUUUAUAUUGGAUAUUUCCUCCAAACACAAUGCCACAAGUGCAUGGAGUUCAUAACAACGCUCAAAGACAACCUCCACCACAGGAGAGAGGCGGAUUUCAAGGAAGAGGCAGAGUUCUGGGACACAACUAA